AGCCAUGAUCUUGGAGGGGCUAUCCCUAAUCGGGCCUUUCAUGCAGCUUUUUGGUCAAUGCAAUCGAGUACAGGGUCUAGUCGUUGAACAUGAACUUCCUUUGACAACAACUUCAGACCAGGUGGAUAUAUCGGAAGAUAUUGAAGUUGGUUACUCAAAAUAAUUCAAAGCUUAAAGAGGAAUCUGAACUGUAAGAAAAGGCAGAGACUUUCAGUACCAAACCCCUGGGACAAAAGCUUCCCAUCAGGCUAAAGCUUAAAAUCCGGUUUCUUCCACUAUUGGUCCUACUUCUUGGCUCUACUGCUAAUGGCCAAUAAAAUCUCUCAGGUCUCUCCCCCACCUUCGACCAUAAAUGUACAAGGUUGAGCCAAAACUCUUGGCAUAUGCGUUAUGCAUCCCAAACCGCACACUGAGUUCUCCAGUAUCUUUGUCUCUGACAAGAGUAUAUGAAAUGGCCCA